AUGCGAUUUCUCAAUCUCGUAACUGCUCUCGCAGCAGCAAACCUCGUGGCGUCAGCCCCUGCUGCUGCCUCUUCCUCUGCUCCUCCCGUACCCACCACUGAUGCCGUAGAAGGCCGUCUCAUUCGAGUCAAAGAUGUUUUCCCAGGCCAUGCACAAGGAGAUCUAGUAAUUGGGCAAAUCUUGGCUGUCAACGCUACUACCGAUGAACCAGAAGCGAAGCUCCAAAAACGCUAUUCUACCUCUUGCAACACUGGUCCAUACUGGGUUUUGCAAGACCAGGCUAACCGUGCUAUUGCCGGUGUGUGCACUUACAUGCGCGACCAUGACGAUGUCAAGCCUCAAUUUGGCCGUCAAGUGUCUAUUCGAUGGGAUCAUUAUCAGGACACUUCUGGGACCUGGGUCCACAUCAAGGAUAUUUGGGGUGUUGACAAGAAUGGAAACUGGGUCCUCAAGGCUCCAUUAGCCUCUACCUUUGACUGGGAAUCCUGCUUCAACUCUUUCUUCGAGUUGAUCUACUCAUGCCGCGGUACUAAUCCCGAUACCGCCGGGGGUCAGCUCUGGGGAUACGGCCUUGGAUGGGAAAGCGGUCUUUCCUGGUUUAUCUAA